AUGGACGAUCCAGAAGUGAAGCAAGAACAGCCCGAAACUCAACCCGACGACAACCAAAUGUCUUCCACCGAACCAACUCAGCCAGAACAGCAGCCAGACAUGGAAGCCUCAGACAAGAUCCCCGAGCAAACCGACCGCCCCUACGACGAUGACGCCGACGAAGCCACCCGCAUUGCCUCCCUCGCAGCCGGCAUCCGCGACCAAGACGAUCUCGAACGAGACAUCGGCCGACAAGCCGACGCCCUCCUCAUCGAACAAGCAGACGAACGCGACAAUAAACGCCUCGAACGCACAAAAGCCGACAAAGCCCGUCUCGACGGCCAAGUCCACCACCUAGAGAAGAAGUUAACCGAGUUUGGCAAUCAGACCACCAAGAACAGAUAUCGUGCUGAGAUUGCGAACUACAAGACGCAGAUUGAGGGGCUUCAGACGGAUUUGGAACAAAUUCAGAAGAGAAUCGAUGACAGGAAGAAUGAGGCUGCCGCGGCAGGAGAUACGUUACUAGGGGAGGCGGGCAAUCAGAAGUUGCCUGGCGAAAGUCAGAGGGACUUCUUGAUCAGGACGGGAAAGAUCACGCCUNUUUCCAAGAUGGGUAGGCAGUUGUUGCGGACUUCGUCAAGUCUUGCUGAAGUCAUGUUUGAUGCUGAAGAGGAAGAGGAUGAGGAAAUGGUUGAUCAGGAACUCCAAGCCGAUGCACAGCGGUCGCAUCGUAAUCUGAGAGUGCCCGGAUUUGCUGAAGAUGAGAAGAGUGAGCCCGAAGAGGAAGAUGAGUUUCCUGAGGAGAGGCCCGCCAAGCGACGAAGACUACAAUCGAAAAGCAAGGGCAAGAGUACCGCAGAAGAAGAUGAGGAUGUCGAGUUGGACUCUGCUCCAGAAGAGGAAGAAGAUGAAUAUAUCCCGGACAUGAAUGACAAGGAGCUUGCUGCUGUUGGAGAGUCAAAUGACGAGGAAGAGCCAGAAGACGAAGAUGUCGAUGGUGACUUUUCUCUAGGCACUUCUGGAACCACCAAGCGCAAGAAGGGUGCANAAAAGGUCACCAAGAAAGCACAACAAGCAGCUGAUGUCCGUGAAGAUCUUGCGGGAAUUGAUGACGGCAAUGAGAAAGUCUAUCAAGCCAGAUUGCAGAGCUGGAUUAAACGACGAAGUGCUGCUCGUCGGAAGCAUCAAGUUCCAAACAAGUCUAGAGGAGAAGCAGCCAAUGGCGAUAUGGAGCAAGAUGAGGUCGAUGACCACCAGCCAGAUCAGGAAGGCGAGGAAGAAUGGCACUUACCACAUCCGACACAGACCGAUGCAGAGUUCGAGGGAGGCUACCGGAUACCCGGUGACAUCUACCCGGCACUCUUCGACUACCAAAAGACUGGUGUUCAAUGGUUAUGGGAACUUUACUCGCAACAAGUUGGUGGUAUCAUCGGAGACGAGAUGGGUCUUGGAAAGACUGUCCAGAUCAUCUCCUUUAUCGCUGGUCUGCAUUAUUCGAAGAAAGUCACAAAGCCCAUCCUCAUCGUAUGCCCUGCAACAGUCAUGAAGCAGUGGGUGAAUGAGUUUCAUCGUUGGUGGCCGCCACUGCGAGUGUCCAUUCUUCAUACUUCUGGUAGUGGCAUGCUGGAUGUGAGGCGAGAAGACAAGCUGGAAGAUGACUUGGAUAACUUCGAUUACGACGGCAACCCAAUCAGACCUUCCAAGGGUAACAAAUCUGCCAAGCGCAUUGUGGACAAGGUUCAGAGAGAUGGUCAUGUUCUGGUAACAACAUACUCUGGCUUACAGACCUAUGCUGAACAUCUCAUCCCCAUGGAGUGGGAGUACUGCGUCCUGGACGAAGGCCACAAGAUCAGAAACCCUAACACGGCAAUCACGAUUUACAGUAAAGAAAUUCGUACGCACAACAGAAUCAUUCUCUCUGGUACGCCCAUGCAGAACAAUUUGACUGAACUCUGGUCUCUCUUCGAUUUUGUCUUCCCCAUGAGACUCGGUACAUUGGUCAGCUUCAAGCAACAAUUCGAAACUCCCAUCAAGCAGGGUGGCUACGCCAAUGCUUCCAACCUGCAAGUCGAGACUGCAAUGAAGUGCGCAGAGACUCUCAAGGACACAAUCAGCCCAUAUCUUCUCCAGCGGUUCAAGGUUGAUGUGGCAUCCGAUUUACCCAAAAAGAGUGAGCGAGUUCUGUUCUGCAAGUUGACCAAACCUCAACGUGACGCAUACGAGUACUUCUUGAACUCUGGUGACAUGACUGCUAUCUUGGCCGGCAAGAGGCAAGCACUCUUUGGUAUCGAUAUCCUACGCAAGAUCUGCAAUCAUCCUGACUUGACCGAGCAUAAAACUCUGUCCAUCAAAUCAGACUACAACUAUGGUAAUGCCAACAAGUCUGGAAAGAUGCAAGUUGUAAAAGCUCUGCUUGAGAUUUGGAAGAAGAAUGGACACAAGACAUUGCUGUUCGCUCAGCACCGUAUCAUGCUCGACAUUCUCGAAAGAUUUGUUGGUGAGAUGGGUGGCAUCAACUAUCUGCGUAUGGAUGGCAAUACCUCUAUCAAAGACAGACAAACCCUCGUCGACAAGUUCAACAAGAACCCUGAGUUGCACGUCUUCCUCCUCACAACUAAAGUAGGAGGUCUUGGUGUGAACCUCACUGGCGCAGAUCGAGUCAUUAUCUACGAUCCCGAUUGGAACCCAUCGACUGAUGUGCAAGCCCGAGAACGAGCCUGGCGACUAGGUCAGAAGCGCGAAGUCGAGAUUUAUCGCUUGAUGACCGCCGGUACCAUCGAAGAGAAGAUUUACCACAGACAAAUCUUCAAGCAAUUCUUGACCAACAAGAUUCUGAGAGAUCCAAAGCAGAGACAGACUUUCCAAUUGAGAGAUCUGCACGAUCUGUUUACUUUGGGCGAGGCAAGUGCAGAUGGCCAAACUGAAACUGGCAGUAUCUUCAAAGGUACAGAAGUCCAAUUAUCCGGCCCCAAAGCCGACACCUCAGACACGAAAACUCAAGAACAAGAAGACGCAUCAACAACCACCGCAGCCGAAAAAGCCGCAAAGGAAAAAGAAAUGCAAGACAUUGUCGGCAUCUCUCACACCGAAGACUUCCAAGGCGAAGAAGCAAAACCAACAUCCGCAGACCCCAACGACAACGACGGCCCAGAAAACGGAAACAGCACCAGAGACGAACGCAUGCUGGGCGCCAUUUUUGCCCGCUCGGGCGUCACCUCCGCCCUCUCCCACGACGACAUCAUAUCAGGAAACUCCGGCUCCUCCAAAAAAGUAACCGCAGACCCUGAAAUCAUCGCCAAAGAAGCCAAACGCGUGGCCGCUCUUGCAGCAGCCGAACUCAAAAGAGCAGGAGAGAUUGCGAGAAACCUUCCUGCUGGGAGUGUGAGUUGGACUGGUCAGUUUGGCACUGCAGGCCGUCCUGAAACUCCCGCCAGAAGGGGCGGGUUUGCUGCGUCCAGAGGCAGAGGCGGUAUGAGUAGAGGAGGUCCUUCUAGUACUUCCAUCCUCAGCCAUUUGUCUGCUCGACAAGGUAUUACUCCUUCUUCGCGAGUUUCCACGCCUUCGACUGCGACGUCACGGGCAGGUACGCCGUCCGCUCAACCUUUGCAACCCAAAGGCAGAGAGUUCCUGGCGCUGAUCAGGGAUUACCUCUUGGCGCAUGGAGGCAAAGUGUACACUCAAAACUUGAUUGAUCAUUUCAACAGGUUUUGUGGGACUGCGCAGAGGACGGCAGAGUUCAAGGAGAUGUUGAAGGUUAUUGCGGUUUUGGAGAAGGGGUCGAGGGGCAGGGGUAAGUGGGUGCUUAGGGAGGAGUAUAAGAAGGGUGUUUGA